CGCCUGGGGGAGGCUCCCCGGCCAACGCGGCCCCUCGGCGCUGUGUUAUCCUGCCUCCCUUCUCACGCUGCCGCCUCGCUGUCUGCCCGCAGGUGUUACCUGGAGGACGGAGCCUCGAAGGGCGCCUGGCUCAACCGCUCCAGCAUUAUUUUCGCUGGAAGCGAUAAGUGGUCGGUAGAUCCCCGAGUCUCCAUCGCCACAGCAAACAGGAGGGAGUACAGCCUGCAGAUCCAGGACGUGGACGUGACCGACGACGGGCCCUACACCUGCUCGGUGCAAACCCAGCACACUCCCAGGACCAUGCAGGUGCACUUAAUUGUACAAGUCUCGCCCAAGAUAUUCCGCAUUUCCAACGACCUCGUGGUGAAUGAAGGGAGCAACGUGACGCUCGUGUGCCUGGCGGCCGGGAAGCCGGAGCCCUCCAUCUCCUGGAGACACAUCUCGCCAUCCGCAAAGCCCUUUGAGAGCGGGCAGUACCUGGACAUCUACGGCAUCACCAGGGACCAGGCCGGCGAGUACGAAUGCAGUGCCGAAAACGAUGUCUCCGUCCCCGACGUGAAGAAAGUGAAAGUCACAGUAAACUGUAAGUGCUGUCGCUUCUCGGGGCUGAACGCGGUCGCUGAGCGCGAGGAGCAGGGCUGGUGCAGGGGGCUGCGGCCGCUCCAGCCCCACGUCUCCCUGUGUGGACAAGGUUAA